AUGUAAAUCGAUUAAUAAUAAUAAUCAUCAACUCUAGAAAAGGAAGCUGAAAGCCCUAAGAGAAAAGAAGAGGUGAGAUUGAUAGUUUUCCCUUAAAAAUUCCUUAAUCCUCUCCUGACGUUUCGAAUGAAUGGGGAUUUUCAUUUAUAUGCAGAUUCUCGAUAUAUUCAAAGUCAUCAUCCAUUGAAAAUCGGAAUCAGUUGCCAGAAUCCAUAUAAAAAAAUUACGAAUAUUGUUAUGGAUCAAUUCUCAGAAACAAUUACUUUGUUUUAUACUCAAUUAGAUUUUUCUUAAACUCCAUGGGAAUAUGUUGUGAAAAGACUCGAGAGUUAUGGAGAUUUCGAAAUGAAUAAAUUAAGUUUAUAUAUUAAGAAAUACAAUGAACAGCUUAAUUCAGGUCUGAAAUAAGAAAAUAAUAAGACGGUAAGAACUAUGAAUUAAUUGUUAUAGACAGUGAGUGCUUCGUACAGAUCAAAGGGCUCUUACCAAUACAAGUAUAUAAAAGAGCUGGAUUAGUUCUUUAUUUCGUCUGUAACAUAUGACAUCAAAUUGAUCUAAGAUUUGGGAUUUGCAAUUCCCCAGUUUAUUGAACAGUGUUUUAAGACAGGAAUCCCAGAAAUAUCUUUGAAGCCAGAUAGCACAAACGACCAGUACUAUAAAAAUGUUGUGGAAUUCGCCAAACCCUUGAUAUUUCCAGACGAAGAACAAGAUUUUUACUUGUACUCGCAUCGAUAUCCUCAUGGUCUGAAAACAAGCGUAUCUUUUUCGAUUGGGAAAGUAGAUAAAUCUACGAUUAACGAUGAACUCGUCAACUUCAAUUUCUAUUUCGAUUACAAACCUACAAUCAAUACUAAAGAGUCAGUUCUCACAACCAAAAAGCUCAGAUCUCCAAACAGCAUAUCAUUCUACUAUUAGAUUCAAGAGAAUUAGUAUCAUAGAUGUGGAUAUAAGAAAACCAAACUUUCUUGA